CAUCACUGUCCUGAUGGCGGAUACCCACGCGGGGAUGAGGAUGGGGUAUGCGGCUCUAACAUUCUAUCUGCUGUUGAGUGCCGCUACCGGAAGUCAAUGUCCUGUGGGGAAAUGGGUUCGGAUUCAGGGCAACUGUUACCUGUUCAGUUCUGAGGGCCUCACAUGGGACCAGGCAACAACAGACUGCCGACAAUUUGGUGCCACCCUUCUUCAAUUUAACGGAGAAGACGACAGGAAAUUGUUCACGCGCUCCAUUGCCAAUAUGACGUCAGAGAGAUGGUGGACUGAUCUGAAUGACUACAAUCAUCCCGGGGGUUGGUCAUGGGGGAAGGAUGACUCGGAAAUACUGGCCAACCCUGCCGCUGUGGUUUGGAACGUUGAACCGGACGACCGUCAUCACAUCGAAAAUUGUGGCGCCAUCAACAUACAGGGCACACUCAGUGACCAGAAGUGUUCCGAAAGGCAUGGGUUUAUUUGCGAAUAUCAUCCGAAUGGUAUAGGCACUGGUUGUCCACUUCACUGGACUGUGACCACCACGAAUUGCUAUUACGUCAGUGACCUGACAGAUGAGUACAACGUUGUUUCCUGGAGUGAGGCGUCGAACAAAUGUAAAACGCUACAUCCGGGUACUGACGCUAAGCUACUGAGGCUGGAGACUGCCACUGAACAGGCCUACAUCAGAGCACAGCUGGCUGACCUUAAGAUGACUGACCAGUUAUACUGGAUAGGGAUGACUGACCAAGCAAAGGAGGGAUUCUGGACCUGGGACGACGGUUCUCCAGCCAACCAGACAAACAUUGAAUGGACAGUGGAACCAAACAAUCUCGGAGGAACAGAACAGUGUGCACUUAUUUACGAUAACGGCCGAUUCGCGGACUCCGACUGUUCAAGACUUGAGAAAUAUAUAUGCCAAACACCGGUUAUAGACGACUCUAUGUACAAAAACAAGUUUGGGUGCACGAAUGGCUGGGUACGGGCGGGGCACAAAUGCUACUUUUUCCACAUACAACGACCACAAAAUCACAAGACCGCCGCAUCUACAUGUGUGGAGAUGGGAGGUCGCCUUAUCCAGAUCGAGUCGAAGGACGAGGAGGAAUGGCUCAGAGUACAGACACUGCGCUAUGGGUCCUACGCAUUCUGGACCGGUUUGAUGUAUCAACCAGUCUCUAGUAGCUGGGUCUGGAACAUGGACACCAAGGCCAAUAUGAGUCUCGUCAUUUGGAACCAGGAGCCAAAUAACAUGGGUGAUGAGGAUUGUGGCAUGGUGGCCUCGGAUGGAAUCUUCAAUGACUUUAAUUGUUAUGCUAAUCAAGGAUAUAUUUGUGAAGCUCAGACUGAAGCCCAACCUUGCCUAAGUGGGUGGAUAUCGCGAGCAGCAAACGGUAUGCUGACAUGCUACCUUAUAAGCAACACGACUGAUGCGGAUAUGACGUCAUGGCAGGGGGCACGUGAUAAAUGCGCGCAAAUUAGCGAACCACUGGACGGCUACUUACUGGCUAUUAACACUAGAGAAGAAGCGGCCUUUAUCGCGAAAUCAUUGAAGAACACAUCAAAUAGCCUAACCGGAUGGUGGACCGGCCUGAAUGACAGAAAGGUCGAGGGAUACUGGGAGUACGAUACAGCUUUCAACAACCCCUUAAAGCCUAAUGUCAUUCCCUGGGGCGGAGAGCCGGAUAACUCUGGCGGAACAGAUUACUGUGCAAUAUUAUAUGGCGGUAGAUACAACGACGUCAACUGUGACAACAUCGCAUCUUAUUUAUGUGAGACAAUGGCGGAGGGAUACCGGUAUACGUCAGCAGGCUCAACGUUACCCACCGGGGUUGCCAUGCUGGUCGUUACUGUUUACGCUUUAUUAAAUAAUAUAAGUUUUAUAUAAAAUAUGGAAGUUAUAAAUAGUAACAACUUCACUCUUCAUUGUCAUUUUGUAUUAAGUCACGUGUUAUUCUAGAUGUGAUCUGAAAUGUAAUACAGUACAUUAUGUAUAUAGCAGAUUUGAAUAGAGAAUAUUGUAUAUAUAACAUAAUUUAUAUAAAUAGUGGAAUAAGUUGAAAUUUAGCGUGUAACAAGCUUUUCGAUGAAUUGUUUUACUGCUAAGUUGUCAAGGGAUAGACUUAAAAAUGUAGGUACAGUAUUUGCAACAACGCUAUGUCGAUUUUUUAUGAUACUAGAAUUCUAUACAGUUAUUUGCCCCCUGUUUGUCUAUGGCCUUGAAAUUAUUCAACGUCUGCAUUUUGUUAGAAUAAUUUUGAUCAUUUUGACAAUAUGACGUUUGAAAUUCGGACAAAGGGAAAUUAACUCAUCUACUGUAAGUGACGCACGAGAAGUGUGAAACAAAGGUUCGCAAUCAACCGUGGGUAUCCGGGUAUCCGGGAAUGGGGCUCUAAUUUUAGUCAGCACCAAACUCGUUUGCAGCUGAUGAACAAUCUUUAUAUCGUAAAAUCUCUGAAAAUUUUCUGUCUUAUUUUUUGAAAUAUGAUAAUAUGGAUUGUAUAAGAUAAUAUAAUUGUCUUUGUAACAGAAAUAAUGUCAUUGGUGUAACACAAAGUGUGUAUUGUAUAUGGUUUUACGUUCAUACAUUUUAAAUAAAAAUAAGAAACCA